AUGCUGCGCCGUGUGGCUUUGCGACUGACCACGGCCUCCCACAACGGCGCUGGUGUCACCGCUGCGGCCGGUGGUGCUGUAGGUUCCGGUCAACAUAUGAAUUCGCAGCAACGCGUGCUGGAGAUCAAGUCUCCCAUGUCCCUCCUGCGCAUGUGCUACCGCAGUAUUGACAUUACCGUCAAGUCUCGCCACGCCCGCGCCUUUCUCAAGAAGCGACUGAUGGAGCAGUGGGCAGAGAAGUGCAAGGAGACGAACCCCGAGAAGCAGCGCUUCUACAUGGACUUGGCCGGCUCCUUUUUACAGGCACUGCACACGGAGCGGAACCCCAAGCCGGGCAAGGUCGUGAAUUUUCAGCUGUCUCGGCAAGUCGCGUACGAGCAGAAGCUGGCGGACCGCGAGAAGAGCGCCGGGGCGCGGCGGGUGCGGCGCAUGCCGAAGGAAGUGAAGUCACAGGAUCAUUAG